AUGGGUAAGAGAGGCUUGCCACAUGGGGCGCGCCGUCUUCUGGGAUAUCAUGUCAGCCGCAAGGAUGUGAGCCUCGUCAUUUACAGUCGUGACGCCUUGGCUGCCCCUCUUAGGCUUAUGUGUGAGAUGAUUCGUGAGAUCAAGGCCAAAAUUUUUCGACCAGAUGUCACUCGCAGCGGCAUGCUUUCUGAGGCUCCCCCGUCGAAGGAGCUUCCACCUGAGGUCCCUGAAAUUUUGGAGCCCGUGCAUUCCGACUCCAGUGAAGGGUCUGCCGACGAGGAAGACGAUGAGGCCACUGAUGAGGAGAAGGCUGUGGCACUGUGGCUGAUGUGGCGGGCCCUUGGGGGCCCCAGGCGGCUGAGGUGGAUCGGGCAUGUGGCAAUGUGUUGCAUCCGAGAACUGCCGCUUCUGGAAGGAGAUUUUCUGUUCAAGAUGUCUCUAGCCGACAGCGAAGCAGUUUUCAAGGCCCGGGCAACGGCCUGCGGUUUAGCUGAUGGAGAUUUCGCGAAGCUCAAAGCCGAAGGGCUCGAGACCAUGGGCAUGUUUGCCUUUUCUUGCAAUUUUGCGCCGGGGGCGGCCAGCGAGGCCCCCUUUGUCGAACUUGUUGAGAAAGUCCUGGGAAAUCCCCCGACAGUGAAGCAACUCGCAUCUUUCCGGCGACUGUUCGCGGAAAGUUAUUCCGCCGUUGCCUCCGACAUCAAGACUCAGAUCGAAACCACGGACGAGUCCGUGGCCCGAAAAUUGCCUGCAGCUGAUCGAGCCCAACGCUUGAAAGAGCAACAGUCUCGUAUUUCAGGCUUUCAGAUCCGUGGACCCUAUGAACCAGGUGAUUCCUUGGUUGACCGCUCGGUACAGAUGCUUGAGCAGGACCGGUUGUCUUACCUGGAAUGGGGCUCUUGCGUAAGUCGCGAACAUGAAUUGACCACAAACACAAGGAAAGAUAACUCCGUUACAUUCGACAACAAUGGCCUUUUGCGCAUGGCUAAGCGAGACAAAAUCACACCAUGCGAUUCUUCAAGUGAACUUCAGGUGCGGUACUGCCUUAUGCGCCGGGGCUUGGCCUUGGACCAAGCGGGCAUCUUGACCUACGACCUCCACGAAUCCCUCAUUGAAAAACUCUUUCAGGCUAGGCUCACGGUUCCGCCCCCGAACUACUCGAGGGUGCAGAUGACCCAGUUGGAGCAUGCGGACCGCAAGUUCUUCGCCCUUCUUGGUGAGCACACGCGGGCAGGCAUCAAAGCGUCCGCUGCAGGACGCCCAUGUGACCUUGCUUUCAAGCUUUGCCUGGAGUGUACGGAUUUCCUGACGUUGCUGCAGCCGCGCCCUUUUGCUGUCCAGAAUUAUGAUCCUCCCAGGAAGUGGCGCAAGUUUGAUGACAACAAAGGGGGAGGCAAGGGCAAGGAUAAAGGCGGCAAAGAUGGAGGCAAGGGCAAGGAUAAGGGCCGCCAAGGUUCCAGUGACUUCGCAAGAGUGCCGCGGGCUCUGUUGGUUCUUGGUUGCAUUGGCAUGCACCCUCAAACGAAGCAGCGUUUUUGUUACAACUUCAACUUGAAGACGUGUCAGGAGGGUGCAAAUUGCACUCGCGGUGCACACAUGUGUGCCGUCAAGGGCUGCCAUCAGGCUCAUGCGGCCAUGGAUUGCCCCCGCAAGAAGACCUCGUGA